AUGCGAAUAGAAAAAAAUAGGCCUAAUCUUUGCUCAGGAAGUUGGCAGACGUCGUGUUCUAAUGGGAUAGAUAACUUCCUCAAGAUGGCCAGUAGCCUGAUUCGUGCAGGACUAAUUGAGGACUUACGUGAAAUUCAAGAGAAGUGCUUACUUCUGAUUUGCGGGGUGCACGCAUAUCAGAUUGGUAUGUUGGCCCCCUCCACUGUCAGGGCAAGUUUUGCAUCGACAGAGAUAUGUGCAGACGGGGCCGUGACAAAUUAUCGGCCUCCAGAGGAAGUGCUUGGCAGGGCGCUUUUAAUGCUUAAACAGUAUACAGGAAAGAAGCUUAAAGAAAGAACACUCGCAACCUUAGGCGCAGCAGCCAUGCUUUACCCAAAUGUACAGAGCUACUUAGAUGCUUUUGAGCUGGUCCAACGCACUUUACAAGGUGAGAAACCGGAUUUUGGGCUUCUUGAUAGAGGCCUUAUCUGGAGGUUCUACAGUACCCUUGAGAACUUUGAGGACUCCGUCCUUGACUAUGUGUCAGCCUGUCAUGAGCGUAUGCGAACGGCAGGGGUGAUAGUGGAAUAUCAGAACGAUGGGCCCUUCCAGCGUAUUAAAUUUGAUGAAGGAUGGUUCCGUGAUAGCCUGUUUGCCCUGCGCAAGAAUAGUACAUACGGAGUGGUAGCCCCCGAGCUCUAUGAUAUCGCCCGGAGGGGGAUGAUUGAGAUAGUGCUGGGUGAUGUGCCUGAGAACGAAAUAAGCAGAAUCUUCCAGGUUCAAAAGACUUCGAAAAGCUAA